CCAUGGUUUUGAAACUAAAAGAAAUAAAGUGUCUUGUUGCACCUUGAAGAUUUGCAGAUUUGUUUGUAGUAUCAGCUUUCCUUGAUGAGAGCCCAGUUCAUCAGAAAGAGCCUAGUCUUGCGGUAAACUGUUGCUGCUAGUUCUCAAUGGACGGUAGCAAACAUUCAGGACUAGAUGCCCCUCAUUUAUCCUGCAUCCAGGCCACAGAUUCAUUUAAAGUACCAACACCUCCUAGGAGCAACCUUAUCUAAAAUCUACCUUCUUGUUUUCCCCAGCUAAAAGUUGCACAAUUUUUCGUUCUGUUUGGGAAAUGGUUUGAGGUGUUCACUAUCUUGCAUUUUGUGAAAUAGGGCUGAGCUAAUACGUUUCCAUUAACUGACCACCUUUCUCUCCUCUCCCUUUUUUGGCUCCCUGCCAGAAGAAAAAAAGAUGUGCCUGAUGUAAAAGCCCUAUCUGCUGCUUGCAAACAUUUUGUAAAACGCUGCAUCCAUUCCAUUUAAAAUCCGUCCCGAAUUGCUUUUCUGAUCACACCCACUAACAUACUUUCUCGCUCCCUUUUUGUUACCAUCUAUUCCCACCUUAAAUAAAAGUUCUGCUGGACUUAUAAAUUCGUUUCCUUCAUGAAGCUUUAGGUGGACCUAUUAAAAACUAUAGCGCUAUUGUUUCUUUCGCCCCCACCCCCCGCUUCCUACCUAUUGUUUUGUUUUUGUUUAAGCAACUCAUGAAGUUGAAGUACUGUACAGCAGCCUCUUCCCCUCCUUUUUACUCAUGCGCAAACCGUAUUGUAAGCAGGCGGUGUAUUUUGCGCAUGUGUAAAAUACUACUACUCUCGUUUGCACAAUCUCGGCGGAGAGGUUUCCAGGUCAGCAGACGGCUCUGGAAACUCGUCGCUAUCGGUGCUAAUCCCGUGUGUGCCGCGGAGCCCUGACCCCGUUUAUUUUUCUCGCGAUACUUCCAUCGCCCUACUCUAAGAUGGCGUCCCUAGGCUUCCGCCGGAGCUUGUGAGAGUUUGCCUGGAGUUGUCCGGGCUGGUAGUCCCAGAUCGGCCGGAUGGAUUGCCGAGAGGAAAUGCCUGGUUUGCUUGCCUGGAUGGCGUGCAGCAGUGGUUACCAUACGGCGUGAUCCACUCAUGUUUACUCAGAAGUAAAGCCCAUUCAUUCCAAUAGGACUUACUCCCAAUUCAGAAUGCCUAACUCUAAAAGGAGAUCUCGGCAUAGGCGCAAUGUUGGUCAGGAAGCUGGGAGGCGUGAAUUAGUGUCUAGAUCCUUGCAAAGUGCUCAACACUGUCUGGAAAAUCAGGACUUUGGAACUGCAUAUGCCCACUAUCUCUUGGUAUUGAAUCUAGCUCCUGAGCUUAAAAAUGAUGUCAAGGAAACAUUUCAGUAUACCCUUUGUAAAUGGGCAGAAGAGCUGAAUUCUCUCACACGAUUUCAAGAUUUAUUUGAUUGCUAUGAGCAUGCCCUGGAAUUAUUUCCUAAUGAUGAAGUUAUAUGUAACAGCAUGGGGGAACAUCUCUUCAGAAUGGGCUUUAGGGAUGAAGCAGCUGCAUAUUUCCAUAAAGCUGUGAAGCUAAACCCUGACUUUCCAGAUGCAAAAGAGAAUUUUUAUCGUGUUGCCAACUGGGUGGUAGAACGAUGGCACUUCAUCAUGCUUAAUGACGCCAAUAGGAAUUUGCUGUAUCAAAAAGCAAUUGAAAAGGCUGUCUGUUCAGGGUGCAGAAGUGUUCUUGACAUUGGAACAGGAACAGGAAUUCUCAGCAUGUUUGCCAAAAAGGCUGGCGCACCUUCCGUCUAUGCGUGUGAGUUAUCGAAGACCAUGUAUGAAUUGGCUUGUGAAGUGCUAGGUGCAAACAAUUUGGAUGGAGAAAUCAAACUACUUCACAUGAAAUCCCUUGAUAUAGAAAUCCCAAAGCACAUACCUGAAAGAGUUUCCCUGGUUGUCACUGAAACGGUAGAUUCUGGUUUAUUUGGAGAAGGGAUUGUGGAAAGCUUGAUCCAUGCUUGGGAGCAUUUGCUUUUACCACCAAAGCCCAAUGAUGGCACAGUUAACGCUGAAAACUAUGGUAAAGUUAUACCAGCAGGAGCUAUUGUGUGGGGCAUGGCAGUGGAAUGCGGAGAGAUACGCAGACAUCAUAGGGUGGGUGCAAAAGAAAUUGCUAGUGUGUGCUUGCCAGAAACAUUGGACUUCCACAGUCCAGUGUACGCUUCCAUAAACUCGGAUGAAAGUCUUGAACCUUACACCACUGAAAAACUCAGCAGAGUUCCUGGUGGCUAUACGGCCCUCACAGAACACUUCCAAAUUUUGACAGCCAACUUUAACAACCUGCAGGAGCUGAAAAGCUUUGCAACCCGUAAGCCAUCCAAGAUCAACAUGCCUGUUAUUAAAGCAGGAAUACUAGAUGCCAUUGUGGUCUGGUUUACAUUACAGCUUGAUGAUGAGCACACACUCUCUACAAGUCCAAGUGAGGACACCUGUUGGGAACAAGCAGUGUACCCUGUACAAGGCCUCCUUGAUUACUCUCUGAGAUCUGGGGACUCGGUUGCAAUGGAAAUAUCAUGCCAGGACUGCUAUCUAAGGAUCCAGAAGAUUUCUCUUGUGACCUCAGAAUACGGAAUGGAUGUGGAAAGAAAUUUCAAGGAGAAGAAUAGUGAGGCUGAGCUCUGCAGUGCUCUGGCCAGCCUUCAAACAACAAAUGCAUUGGGACAAGAAUGCAUGCUGGAAUCUACUGAGAUUGCUUUACUGAACAAUAGGAGAUACCACGAAUGUUUUAAAGCUGCAAUAGGCAAAGUGCUGUCAUCCUUAAGCCUCCGUGAGCACUCCAUGGAUGUGGACAGCCACAGUAAUGAACUGAAUCUUGGAAAGAACCAAAGCAAUAACUCGGUGACUCCUGAUCCUUUGUAUGUGUUGGAUGUAUCAGAGGGCUUUUCAAUUUUGCCAGUAAUUGCAGGCAAAUUUGGGCCAGUUAAGGCCUACAGCUCUGUUGAAAAAGACCACCACCAAGUAGCUCUCAGCCUGAUUUCAGAAGCUAAUAAAUUUCCUAAGGAAACUUUAGAGUUUUGGCUCAACCACCUACAGGAUGAAAACAUGGUAUUACAGAGACCAAAAUCUGACAAGUUGUGGAGUAUUAUAAUUUUGGAUGUCAUAGAGACUUCAGGUCUAAUUCAGCAGGAUGUGAUGGAAAAGGCUGCAAUAUCCAGAUGUUUGCUUCAUUCCGGAGGGAAGAUAUUCCCACAGCAUGUGAAGAUGUAUGGAAUGCUUGUGGAAUCUAGGUCAUUGCUACUUGAGACCACAGUUCAAGGGACAGAUCCCACCCUUGGUUUCAACAUUGCACCUUUUAUCAACCAGUUUAAGGUGCCUGUCCGUGUUUUUUUGGAUAUGUCCACACUUCCACACACACCUUUGAGCAAAUCAGUGGAACUUCUGCGAAUGGAUCUAAUGAAUCCAUACUUGAAUUGCUCUAGUAGAGAAGUUAAGGUUGAAGUUUGUAAAGCAGGUCACGUGACCGGUAUUCCAUUUUGGUAUCAUGUUUAUCUCGAUGAAGACACGGUUUUAGAUACAUCAAGCAAGUCAUCCCACUGGAAACAAGCUGCUAUUGUGUUAGAUAAGCCCAUUCAAGUUCAAGCAGGAGAUGAACUUGUGCUCAGCGUUCAGUAUCGAAACAGUAACGUUAGCAUUACUGUAAAACAGUGAACUGCCAUCAGCUACAGUGUUUUUACUGUUUUAAAAAGCCUACAGUAGCUUAGUUAUUUAUACUUAAAUUAAUCAUGUCUUAGACUUAGGGUCACACUUUUGAGUCUACUUGACGGUCUAAACAUCGAUUGAACUAUUGUGAAAUUCAGCACGACUUGUUUAGCAAUAAAGCCAUGGACCAUAAAGAAUGGAGAAAGCUUGCAUUUCUGCCUAGAAGUCUGUGUAAGAUGUCUACAAUGCUGAAUAACUUAAUAUUUGUAUUCUUACUUGCCUUUUGGAGAACUAUAUGAAUUUCAGUAUAAAAAAAUUAAAUGGAAUGGACUGCCACAACAUGCCUGUUCACAUCUCACUUUGAAGGUUAAUAGAGGAAAAAUGAAUUUGCUGGGCAGCAACAGUGUUGUACAGAUUGACUACUCAUACACUUCCCUGGAAAAACAUUCUCCAGUUUCUUGAGAGGUGGUAGUGGUGAGAACCCUUUUGUUAUAAAUGCCUAAUCAUGUAUUACAACAUGCUAAACAUUUUUUGUGAAAACUAGCAGAUAACAGAUCUAGAAACACUAGUUUCAGAAAGGAUGAAAAAUCCCUAAUGGGUAAGAGAAAUAUUUUAGGUCUGGUUUGGUGGUAUCUAAUUGUGAUUAGACCCAGGUGGCGCUGUGGUUAAACCACUGAGCCCUAGGGCUUGCUGAUCAGAAGGUCGGCGGUUCGAAUCCCUGUGACGGGGUGAGCUCCCGUUGCUUGGUCCCAGCUCCUGCCAACCUAGCAGUUCGAAAG